UUGCUUUCCGACGAGGGAUGGCAGGACAGGAGGGAUGGUAAGAUCGAUCGACUCUCGGCAGAAAUUACACCCCCGUGUGAACAUAGCCGCGUGGAACCGGAGCAACGUAGAAAGCGGUGGUGGAGACGAAAAGGAAAGGAAAAGCAAGGAAGGGUGGGUGGGGUCGCGAUCGCGCGGUCGCGCGUUCGUUCUGCUGUUCUAGGAAGCCGUGUCGCGAUCGCAGUACCCAGCCAAAGUCGCGCGAACGGUGAGCAGCAAUCGUCGCGCAGAAGGAAAGGAAGCAAGCAAGGAAGUAAGAAAGGAAAGGAGCAAGGGCGGAAGGAAGGACAGACGGACGGAAACGUAGGAAAGGAGAGCCGUGCAUCGUCGAAUCAAACGUAAUUCAGAAACGGAUCACGAUGAAUCGUCGUUGCUUCGUUCCUUCCGUAUUUCGCGCGAUCUACUACCUCGACGCGUUCGUGGAUACGUGAUUGGUUGGAAAUAACGCGCGAUCGUGACAUCGAUACGCCAAAGUUGCCGACGAAACCUCCGGAACGUUGGACCUACAUUUCAUCGAAAUGAGGGACCAUCGUCUGUUGCGCCUUUUCUCCGACAAGAGAACGGACGCGUGAAAAUGCCAGAAUGAGAGGUGUUGCGUUUCUGGGAACGGUCAGAUCGGUUCGCGGAAAUUUCCUGAAGACGCUCGUCUUCGUUUUCCUGGCAACGUUCCUGUGGCUUCAACUUCACGUGGUCAGCUUGACCGGUCGAAACUCCACUGGACAAGCCUCGUCGAACGAGACGCUGUUCGCCCUUGUACCGCAAGAGUUACAUAGGUUUCUGAAAGAUCGUCGGAACGGUUCUUCCUCGACGUUAACCAAUGGAAGCACCGAAGCUUUGACCGAGUUGGAAAUAGCGGAGAUUCGACGUAACAUAGAUAAUGCCGAGCAAAAAGUGUACAACGAAGAGUCUUUCGGCCCGUUGGCUACCGACGCUCCCGUCAUAGUGAUUCAGGUGCAUACGCGACUCACCUACCUCAGACAUUUGAUAGUCUCGUUGGCCCAAGCGAAAGGAAUCGAGCAAACGCUUCUGGUCUUCAGUCACGACGUUUGGCAUCCGGACAUCAACUAUCUCGUCCAAAGCGUCGACUUUUGUCGCGUCAUGCAAAUAUUUUAUCCGCAUAGCAUACAGACUCAUCCUCGAAGUUUCCCAGGCGAAGACUCCAACGAUUGUCCUCGAAAUAUACGCAAAGAACAAGCUCUGAAUCUCGGUUGCAUCAACGCCGAUCAUCCGGACCUCUAUGGACACUACAGAGAGGCCAAGUUUACGCAGACGAAACAUCAUUGGUGGUGGAAAGCGAAUCACGUGUUCGAUCAAUUGUCCAUCACCAGGAACCAUACCGGCAUGAUCCUUUUCCUCGAAGAAGAUCAUUACGUUGCCGAAGAUUUUCUGCACGUUCUCAGUCUGAUGGAACGUACCUGUAAACAUAGCUGCAAAAGAUGCAACGUCCUAUCCUUGGGCACCUAUCUCAAAACCUACAAUUAUUUUGCCGACUUUAGUCGAAAGUUCCUUGGCGUCAACAGCGCCCUGCAGAAGGAGUUUCUGCGUGGGUUAAAGAGAUGGGAAACGUCGACGAGACAACACUCGGUAAAAAUCGAAGACGUCGGUAAUGGAAGAAUCGGCACAUUUCCGAGCUCCGGCAGCACCAGCAGCAGCACCGGCAGCAGCACCAGCACCAGCACCAGCACCAGCACCAGCACCAGCACCAGCACCAGCAGCAGCAGCAGCAGCAGCAGCAGCAGCAGCAGCAGCAGCAGCAGCAGCACAAGCAACAGCGGCGGCGGCGGCAUUGUCAACAGCGGUAGCAUCAACGGCAGCAACAGUAGCGGUAGUAGCAGCAACAAUAGCAGCAGUUUCAGCAGCAACGGUACUACUUUCCCUGGAUCAAGCAACUCGAAAAACAACAAUGUUAGCGGAAAUGUGAUGGAUGGCAACACUGGCCCUGCCACCUUCGUAUCCGUCGCUCGCAACGCACAGACAAUGCAAUCUCCAUCGGCAUGGGCUUUCCAGCUCCUACCCGAACUCUACAAUCAUUAUCAAAAGGCUGAAGUGAUUCCUUGGAUCUCGAGCAAACACAAUAUGGGUAUGGCGUUUAAUCGUGUCACGUGGAACAAAUUGAGAAAAUGUGCUGCCCAAUUUUGCUCUUACGACGAUUACAAUUGGGACUGGAGCCUUCAACAUAUCGCGCAGACCUGUAUGCCACCGAGCAAAGGAGCUGGAAUCGCACCUCGUACGGACUCAGGUUUGAUUACGAUGAUGAUGAGAGCGCCUAGAGUUUUUCACAUCGGAGAAUGCGGAGUUCAUCACAAGAAGACCAAUUGCGAAUCAACCGCUGUGAUAGCAAAGGUUCAAAACGUUCUAAAGGCUGCUCGAGAACAUCUUUUUCCUACUCAACUCACCCUUACCGUCGCUGGUACUGCGAAAAAGUCAAAGCUCAGGAAGGGCAACGGUGGAUGGGGCGACACGCGAGAUCAUCGGCUUUGUUGGAACAUUACCGUUUAUCCGGAUCUUGUUUUACCCUGAGAUCAAACUCUACGCCACCAAA